AUGGACGCAUUGAAAAGAUUCAAAAUUGGACGCGUCCUGGCCAUGUCCAGAAAGGAUGCUAGUGAGCGUGCGUGGGUUGACGGAAUCUUCAAGUUGAAGUGUUUGGUGGAAUUGAUUGAAAGUUUGGACCCAAUUGGCAAAGGCCUCAUCACUUGGGCUGCAGAUGGAGAAGACAACACAAUGUGGUCAACACUUCCUAAUAAACCCAUUGGAAGGGUUUUUGACCAGGAAAUGGAGAAGGGGAAGCUUUGUGCAGCUCUGACUGAUUUUCUGGGAUCAAUUCUUGGAAACCUGAGUACAAGCUUUGAUCCCAUGUUGUCCAUUGAAGGAGUCAGCUCUCCUUUCUUCUUCAUUGGGACCUGUAACUCUUCUUUCCCCAUGCACUGUGAGGAUAUGGACCUCUUCUCAGUCAACCUGCACUGGGGUGGAUAUCCCAAGAUUUGGUACAGCAUGGGUGCAUGUGAGAUGCCUGAAUACAAAAACAUUGUGGAAUGUGCAAUUGGGAAAGACUUUCCUGAAUGUGGAAACUUACCAAGGUAUAAAAUUUAUGCCUUUGAUGAAGUCUGGUUGGACCAUUACUGCCUCAAUGCAUGUGUGACAGUUCAACAUCCAUACGAGUUCAUCAUCACAACACCAAAAGGACCACAUGGUGGAUUCAACACUGGCCUCAAUCUGAAUGUGGCCAUUAACUUUGCUAUCCCACUGUGGGUGGACUACAGUCUGAGGGUGAAGUUCUGCAGUUGUGAGGGAGCACAAGAAAACAACAUGAGGUUUCUAUUGGAGCCUUUGUCAGGCACUACUGCAGUCCAGCCAUCUAUGAAGAAUGGUUGCAUCAUGGACUUCAGAAGUUUCCUGCAAACAGACCGGACCUGUCAGCAACUGAAAUUCACAACAAGUCCCACCUCCAACUCUUUCUCAGUUGAAGUUGACAAGGAUGUAAACCACAAAUGGAUGCUGAAUGGGAGUACAAAACAAGAGGUGAUUAAGUGCAGGAAGCUCCUCAUUCUCCUUCAGAAGAGGAUUAAAUUCUUGGAGGGAAAAGUUGAUGAUUACCUUGGAGUUGGGAAGAAUAGUGCGAAAUCUGUUAAGACACAUCACAUCCGUCUUUUGAUUGACAAGGUUCACAAGAGGCAAUGUUCAACUGGCACCUCAUCAGACAUUCAACAGGAAGUUCUUGAUGAAGAAGAAGAAGAUGAAAAUGUGAAGGAAUUGGAAGCUUCAAGAUUUUUGUUAUUUCAAGAUGAUUUGGAAAGGAAAACUACAACAAUCACAGAACUUAUGGAAAUUCCUGCCUUCAAGAAGGAAGAGGUUCAAAGUGUGGUAGCAGGGCAGGAAGUGCAGGGCAUUGGACCCUCACCUGUUCCCUCAUCUUGGAGCCCCCGCUUGUCAAACCCCAACACACCAGGAACACCAGCAACACCAAUGGAAAUAAUAGGACAUUCAAACGUUGGAGAUGAGAAAAGCAAGGAUGAAGUAGAACUUGUUGAGCUGCAACGUAUCUGGACAGUGAAGGUGCAUCAGAAGAAGAUUGUGAGGAAACUGAAGAAAGCCUUGCUUCAGCUUCCAGCAUUACAACCUGCCAAGAUUGAAUUGCUGGGACUUCUGCUACUGAUAUCAGAGAAGAAGGGACUGAUUUUGGAUACAAACUGCUGA